CGCGACACCAUUUACGGCUGACUGUCGCAACUAUUAACACGUGUGGAAAGCGAAGGGAGAGAAGGAGUAAACAGCUGCUGAGAAUAUUCCAUUAAAAGUGUUCGUCGGGGUCCAGCAAUGGCGAAGAGCUUACGGAGUAAGUGGAAGAGAAAGAUGCGUGCUGAAAAGAGAAAGAAGAAUGCACCAAAGGAACUGGCGAGGCUAAAAUCAGCACUUGGCAUCGAAGGAAAAGGCGAAAUCGCGAUGAAGGACAUCUCAGAGAUUGCUACCGUGGUACCAGCGGAGAAGCUGAAGGAGAGGGCUGAGGAUGUGGACAUGGAGGGGGGUGGAGAUGACUGUGGCAAAAUGGACAUGGAUGGCAAGCUCUGCAAGAAAACGCUGCUCAACGAACACGGACAGUACCCGACAUGGAUGAGUCAACGACAGAUGAAGAAACAGAAGGCCAAACGGAACCCAAAGAAACCAGGAAAAGCCAAGAAGCAGAAGAAGAUAGCUUGGUAAACUGCCGGUGUCAUGACUCAAAAGCGACUGCUUGCCAGAAAACGGAAAUACUUCAUGGACUGCCCCCCUGUAACUCUGGACUACAGAGGAUCAGCUGCAUCAAAUCACUGUACAUACACCUGGCACCCCCGACUGUCACCCCAGAAACU